CUUCAUCUCUUGUAUUUGUUCUCCCUCUUCCUCAUCUUCCACUGCUCUCCAUCCCUCGUCGGAGCUUCUUAAUCUCCCUCUCGAUUUCCUUGUGUUUGUAUUGUACUUGCUAACUAGAGAAGGGACAUGGGCUGCACCCAAAGCUCAAGCAAGGCGUCACCGCCGAAGGACUGCGUGCGGGUGAUCCACAUGACCGGCUACGUGGAGGACGUGAAGGCGCCGGUGACGGUGGCCCAGAUCAGGAGGAGGAGUCCUCCCAAUGACGUGCUCUACUCCUACGACUACCUCACCACCUUCGGCUCCAACCAUCUCCGGCCCGACGAUCAGCUCCAGCCGGGCCGCCUCUACUUCCUCCUUCCCCAGGACGUCAUCCGCUCCGAGGCCUCCGCCGUCGAUGUCGCCAACCUCAUGAACCGCCUCGUCGCCGCCGCCAAGAAGCGCGGCUCGGCCCCGCCAGUCGUCACCCUACCGAGCCGGUCGCGGCCCCCGGCGUGGAAGCCGAACCUCGACUCGAUCGAGGAGCAGCCGAACGACAGCGACAUCGAGUCGAACGACGGGAACAGCAGUUUCUGGUCGUCCUCCAGGGAAACGUGAAAGACCGGCAAAGGAAGCAACUGUCUCUCUUUGAAGCCAACAUUAUACUGAGGUAGGCCAUUGAAUCGGAACAAAGAACAUUCCAUUCUUAAAUCUUUUCUGUUGUUUCAUCAAACUUAAUCAAUCCAAGCAAAGCUGAGCAUGACCAAUCUGACAUGAUCGUAUCGAGCUUUCACCCGCGCGACAGCGAUAUCAGAAUCUAUGUUCUUGAGUUCUGAUCCCAACCACCCAUGAAAAGAAAGAUAGUGUGUCAUCUAGGCUUCACGUGAAGCAUAUGGUUUGCGUGACAGUAGAUUACUGUGUUCAUAGCUGUCUUCUUUCAUCAAAGCU